GUAUCUCCUCAUCUCACUCAUUAUCACUAAAUUGUGAAAAUUACAAAUCAAAAUGAAGCAACUCAAGUUUCUAUUCCUCUCCAUUACUCUUUUUCUUUCCUUUUUUGCUUCCAAUUUGCCUGAAAUUUGUAGCCAUAACAUAGAGGAAAAUCAGAGCAAUAAACACUUUGUUCUAAUUCAUGGGGCCUGCCAUGGAGCUUGGUGCUGGUACAAAAUUGCUUCUCUGUUGAAGAAUGCAGGUUACAAAGUCUCAGCUGUGGACCUUGCUAGUGCAGGUAUAAAUAUGGGAGAUGCAGACACCAUUUUCACCUUUGAAGAGUACAACAAGCCUCUGGUCGAUCUCAUCUCGAAGAUCCCGGAAAAUCAAAAGGUGAUUUUGGUGGGGCAUAGUGCUGGUGGGCUUAGUUUAUCAAAUGCUAUUCGUGUUUGUGGGAAAAGGAUAAGCCUCGUAAUAUAUGUGGCUGCAAGGCCUGCCAACUUCGACCCCAAGUCGAUCACAGUGCUGCGCAAAGAUUUGUUUCACUAUUGGUAUGCUCUUGGGCCCAAUAAGCCUCCCACAAGCGUUAUUUUCCGCAGUGAAAAGCAGCGAGAAAUGCUAUCCCAACUUAGUCCAUAUGAGGACUCAAUCUUGGCUUCCAUGCUCUUGAGGAGGGCGCCAUUCAGGGCAUUUGCAGAUUCAGGUUUUGAAGGACAAAUUGAAAAAGUGAGUACUGUCUAUAUAAAGACUAAAAAGGAUACGGUGGUUAGUCUUGAGCUCCAAGAACAGAUAAUCAGGUUCCUGUCUCCUGAUGAGGUGAUGGAUGUUGACUCUGACCAUAGCCCAUUUUUCUCCAAGCCCAAUGAGUUGUUUGCCUUACUGGUCAAGGCCUCAGCUACAUAUUGUGGUGAAGAUCAGUGAUGAGGGCCAAGAGAUAAAUUGAGGUGAUCAUUUUAGUGAAAGCACUACAGUGGAAAUAAGGAGAUCCAUAUUUAUAAUCAUUAUUCCACUUGGUUUUAAGUCUAUUACUUCCUCAUGUAUGCAUGUCUUUUUUGUGUUUGGGAGAUCAAACUAUAUGCAUCUCUCGUAGUAAAUUUGAGAGAAGUGCUCCUUACCCUGCAGUAAUAGAAUUUGAUAAAUAUGUCAUGUUUUA